CGCGCCGCGCCGUGCGGGACAAGCCGCAGGGCCGCUCCCCGCUCCCCGUCCCGCGAUCCCAGACGCCCACCCCGGGACCCAGGUCCCCAGGUCCCCGGUCCCCAUCCCGGAGCCCCGAUCCCGGCCAGCUCCGCGGCUCCGGGGCGGGGCGGGCGGGGCGGGGCGGCCCGGGCCGGCCGGGGGAUCCGGCGCCGCCGGAAUAAGAGGCUACGGGAGCGCGGCGGCGGAGCGCAGCGCAGCCGGGCAGCGCCGUGUCCCACAGCCCCGGGGACCCCUGGGUCGCAGCCCCCAUGGAUAAAUACAAAGCUCUCGAGCAGCUGCUCACAGAACUUGAAGAUUUUCUGAGGAUACUGGACAAGGAGAAUUUGAGCAGCACUGCCAUUGUGAAGAAGAGCUUCCUCUCCGACCUUCUGCGGGUCUACACCAAGUCUGGUGGUACAGGUGGUGAUGAGGAAUAUAUUUAUAUGAACAAAGUGACCGUCCAUAAACAGCAAGGUGACCAGGAAAAGCAAGACAAAGCACUGGACCGGAGAGAUUCCUUGACCAAUGGAGACUCAGGACUGCAUUCAUCCCCUCCUCAGAAGAGCCUGCCGGACCUCCCCCCUCCAAAGAUUCCCGAAACAAAACAACCUCCAGUCCCCAAGAUGGAAUCCCCGGAGGGAUAUUAUGAAGAGGCUGAGCCUUAUGAUGUCUCUGUAAAUGGUCUUUUUGGUAGGCUUGCUGCGGCUGGACCCAGGCCAGGGUUGCAGGUUACUGAGGGCGUUAUUUAUGCCACAAUAACAAUGGAAGAUGGUGAAGCUGUUAGUAGCUCCUAUGAAUCUUAUGAUGAAGAAGAGAGCAGCAAAGGCAAGUCAGCAACCCACCAGUGGCCAUCCACGGAGGCCACCAUUGAGCUGAUGAAGGAUGCCCGCAUCUGUGCUUUCCUGUGGAGAAAGAAGUGGCUGGGACAGUGGGCAAAACAGCUGUGUGUUAUCAAGGACACCAGGUUGCUGUGCUACAAGAGCUCCAAAGACCACAGCCCUCAGCUUGAUGUGAAUUUGCUGGGCUGCACUGUCAUUCACAAGGAAAAGCAAGUGAGGAAGAAAGAGCACAAGCUGAAGAUCAUCCCCAUGAACGCUGAUGUCAUCGUGCUGGGGCUGCAGAGUAAAGACCAGGCAGAGCAGUGGCUCAGGGUAAUUCAAGAGACCAGCGGGCUGCUGUGUGAAGGAGGCAGUGAAGGCAACCAGUACAUCCCAGAGUCGCAGCGGCUCAGUUACCCAAAGGUGGAGGUAUCUGAGAGGUACUCUGCAGCCUCCGAGAGUGGGAGCAGCACAGAUGGCCACCCAGAGACAGCUGAGACAAAAGAUGUUAAGAAGAAGGGAACAACUGGCCUGAAACUGAGCAACCUGAUGAACCUUGGGAGGAAAAAAUCCAGCUCCCUGGAUAGCCCAGAGAGAUCCCUGGAGACUUCAAGUUACCUGAAUGUGCUAGUGAACAGCCAGUGGAAGUCCCGCUGGUGUCAGAUAAAAGAUGGUCACCUCCAUUUCUACCAGGACAAGAACCGAAGCAAACUGGCUCAACAGCCCCUGAGUUUGGCAGGUUGUGAAAUUAUCCCAGAGCCAAGCCCUGAUCAUCUCUACUCCUUCCGCAUCCUGCACAAUGGGGAAGAACGGGUCAUCCUGGAGGCAAAGUCCUCGGAGGAGAUGGGCCACUGGCUGGGCCUCCUCUUGUCCGAGUCUGGUUCAAAAACAGACCCGGAGGAAUUUACCUACGAUUACGUGGAUGCCGACAGGGUUUCCUGCAUCGUGAGCGCUGCCAAGAACUCCUUCUUCUUAAUGCAGAGGAAGUACUCUGAGCCCAACGCCUACAUCGACAACCUGCCCAAGGCCAGGAUGCAGCAGGAGGAGCUGUAUGACGAUGUGGACCUGCCUGUGGAAGAAGUACCCAAGAGUGAGAGUAAACUGCAGGGAGACCAAGACAGAGUAUACCUGGAUCUCACCCCAGUGAAGUCCUUCCUACACACCGCUGAAAAGAAGCCAUGCCAGCCUUCACCCCUUGGCUCACCAUCUUUAGAAAGGGCCGCCAACAAGGCUGCAGCAGAGAGCGCAGCCGAGACAGCCCUCGUGGCUAAGGAGGCCGAGCCCUGUAGUAAGGUGAUGGAGACCUCGGAGCAGAAACACCUGGAGAAGCCAGAGCCCAAUGAGGCACUGCCACGGAUGCCCGCCAUCAAAAUCCAGCCCCAGCAGCAGAACAUCGCCUUCCCCCAGCCAGCCCCUGAGGCACCGCUGGGCGCAGUGACAGCGGGCAGCCCCCAGCUACUGCCCGCACACCGGCCCAAGAUGCCACUGCCAGCAGCAGCAGUGGAAACCAAGCUGGGCAAGAACAGGACGGAGGCAGAGGUGAAGCGUUUUACAGAGGAGAAGGAACGGCUGGAGAAGGAAAAGGAUGAAAUCCGGGCUCAGCUCACACAGCUGCGCAAGGAGAGGCGGGAGCUGAAGGAAAUGCUUGGGGGCAGCACAGACAAGAGCCUGGAGCAGAGGCUGAAGGAGAUAGAAGAAGAAUGCAAAAGGAAGGAGAGUCGGAGGGUUGACCUGGAGCUGAGCCUGGUGGAGGUGAAGGAGAAUCUGAAGAAGGCAGAGUCUGGUCCCGUGACAUUGGGCACUGCAGUGGACACCACACAUUUGGAGAAUGCAGCCCCCCGGAUUCAAGCAAAAAGUGCUAGUCCAGCAAACAGCGCAGAGAACUCACCAGUCAAUUCAGCAACGGCUUUAAAAAAUCGUCCUUUAUCCGUCAUGGUGACAGGGAAGGGAACAGUCCUACAGAAAGCUAAGGAAUGGGAGAAGAAGGGAGCUAGUUAGAACCACGUUUUUCAGAGAUGAACUAAAGACUGGAAUUGCUCACGCAUGGCCAAGGGGAUUCGGUUAUCUGUAGGUGGAGACUGGGUGUGCAACACAACCACACACCAGGUGCCUCCUCCAUGCCGCGCCAACUGCCCAGAUGCAGCAAUGGAGUCAACAGCUGCCGCUACGAGUUAUCCCAAAUGAUCUCGCUCUUUCCAGACAAGUCCCAAUCAUGUAGCUAAAACAAUAACAACCAGUGGCAAUCCUUGCAUCAAAUUCCUAACCCAGUUGACGUAAACAAGAAUGUUACUGUACAUAGGGAUGUUUUGUGUAUUUCUACUCUGAAGGCUUAUCUGUGAGUUAUUAAGGUUUCUAUACUAGUGCCAGUAGUGUGUUCAGAAGGGUCCUUUGCUGUUCUUUAUAACCCAGUGGUUUUCAACCUGUCAUGGCAAACUGCAGCCAACUAAAGUCUCACCUGUCUUGCUGCCAGUCAUCACGCAGCUGCAUUUCACCCAGCCUUCAGCCAAGGGUGCUACCCACACCUGAGCAAUGCUCGAGACAUGAAGGAGAAGCACGCAGCAACCUGUCCAGGGGGGUUUCAAUCUAUGUCCUGAUGCAUCCCAGCAUGUGCUCACUCCUGCCAGCCAGCUGCAGACUUGCCAGAGUACGGAGGAAGAUCCCUGCUCACCUUCUCAUGCUGUAAGCUGUGUUACAGACUGGUGGCACCAAGAGCUCUGGGCAAAGAUGAUCUUCCAAGCAGAUUCAGUUAAUUUUCUUGAAGAUCUUGUUCUACUCCACCUGAAGAGUUUGUUCUGGGGGAGAAAAAAAAUAUAUAGUUGAAGGUUUAUUAAUAAUUUACAAAAGGCCUAGGCCUGCUCAGCUGUUGUAUGGGGAAGCUGGAUCCCAAUGUAUCAUUCAGGGCUUGCCCUUUCUCGGGGGGGGCGAGGUAAAGCUGUCUGGGUGCUCCUGCCCCAGCUGCAAGCACCACUUUGCUGAUGCUCUCUGGUCCUCAUAGAGCCACAGCUGUACAAUCUGCUGAAGGUAUCCCCGUGCGAAAGGGGCCCCUCCACAUGGGCAGGGCCCAGCAGCCUGACCUGCUCUUCUCCAGGUUCUCGGUCCAGAUUGAACCACCCCAUCUCUGGUGGGCUGUUGGCCAUCUUGGUGCUGUCACCCUUACUUCCAAAUUAUUAAACUUAAUCUAGCCUUUGGGCCCUUCCAGUGUGGCUCACAAAGCCCACCCCUCUCUGCCCUCGCCAAGCUCUGUAAUAGAAGAUGUUGGGCGUUUGGGACUGUUAAGCUGAGAGACACUGAAAUCUGAAGGGGGUAGGGGGAGCGUCAGAAGUCCAUACACCCUCUCCUCCAUGUAACCUGCUGUCGUGGCUGGUGGCCUGGGGACACCUCUGCCUGUCUCUUCUGAUGGUCCUUUAGCCCUGGAGCCCAGGCUCAGUAACUGGGUUGACUGUGCCAGGGCUGCAGCUGCUUUCCAACCCUGCAAAGCUAAAGCAGCACCAGUACCCUGGCUGGGGUGUUCCUGGGGUCCUUGCAGCUAUACCAAUAGGCAGCACUUCAACCCAGAGUAAAAACAGGCAAAAUGUUGUGCCUUCCUAACCCUUGAAAACCUUUCACAGGCCUGAGUCCACCUCUAAACAGAUGCUCUUUCUUCACACAAAGGCCCAAAAGCUCUGGGGGUGCAGGGCUCCGACACCUGGAGCUUGUGGUGGCACUGGGGUGAAUGACAACAUGCUGAUGAGGGGCUCUGGGCUUGCCUGCCAUUACCACAGAGCUGGGGUGCAACAAAGCACUUACUCCCCCUGCCCCCCCCCCCUUUUUUUUUUUUUUACUUUGACAUCUUCACUGUGGUGCAGAUGAAGGAAUUGCUAAUCCCAGGCCUCAGGAGUACAUCAAUCAGCCCUAGCUGUCAGGUCUGUCCCUGUGCAAGGGCUGCACAUAGGAAAAAUCCAUGCAAAUAAACCACUGGAACUUCUGCUUCAGGACCCAGGGGACUUUCCUCUCCAAAGCACAGGGAGGCCACAGACACCAUGAAGCUUUUGUUCUGACCCAUAGUGAGCUUGGCAGGAGACCGUCUCUACCCCCUAAAUGUAUGUGUAGUACCACGUCCUCACUGUACACCCUGCUGUCGUCCUCUAGAAGUUGUCCAGACAUUUCACAGUGGUACUGAGACAGCGAUGGAUGAACGAGAGCAGCUCUGCUUUCCCCACCACAGCCCAGCCAACUUCAGUGGUCCUGCUGGGAUAUCUCCAUCAGGGGAUGGUAAACAUAGGCAAGGCAAGUCCUGAGCAACACGUGUUCCCCAGACAAGAAGUGUUAAACAAUGUCUCUGCAUCCCCAUUGUUUUCCUAACUCAAGGCAUUUCCUUUGUUGUAACUGUGACCUAUAAAGUGGCGCUUUAGAGGGUUUUAUAAUAAAAUGUUGAGUAUAUUAUGUUA